AUGUCAUUUUUCAAAAGCAAAAAGAAUAAUAAACAGCAACAACAACAGCAGAAUGACGAAUUAUCUACCUCUUCCAUUGCGUCCUUGUCACCAUUAAAUAGCUUAAAAGAUAAGCCAACCAAUGAGGAAAUUGAUAGACUAUUUGAAGAAGCGGCAACUAGACUCAAUUUGAACACAAGUGAUGCUAGUGUCAGAAGUUUACCUUCUGAUAAAAAGUGGUUCAUCUUAUGCCACGAAAAUGCCCUCUCUUCUAUGGGAACACUACAUAGCACUAGUCUAGAAUCCUAUUCUAAUAGAACACCCUCUUAUUAUAUCAAUGCUAUUAUCAAGAGAGAUUCAAAAUGGGAAAUUCGAUGUAAGCUAGUAUCUGAUCUAUCUGUUCGGUUAAGGACAAUGCCUAUCAAAUGGGCACAGGAAUUCAUUGAACAAAAUGGCAUACGAACCUUGUGUGAGGAACUAGCGUUAAUCAACAAGAUCAAUGCAAGGAAUCAAAAAGAAUGCCAAUUAGAGUUUGAAAUCAUCAAAUGCUUGCGACAGUUGUUUAGUAACUAUGUCAUUAGCGAUCCGUUUUACAUCAUCCAGUUAACGCAAUCCAUAUUGUCACCCUCAAUACCAACACAAAGACUAGUUUGUGAUGCACUGACUUUCAUGUGCUACUUUGAACAACCCAAGGGGCACUCAAUAGUGCUUCAAGGCAUGGAAACAAUCAGAGAAACCAAAAGUGAUUAUGGCCCCUUUGACUCUUGGCUGAGGACAUUUCACUCGAUAUUAGACAAUCAUAACAAGACUAUGAAUACAGAUAUACCCAUAUCCGAGCAUGCGCUGGCAAACUUACUAUUAAUAAACGCUAUUGUCGAUCCAGAUACAGUUCAAGACAUCGAAUAUAGGAUGACUUUACGUAACCAACUCUAUCAAGGAGGAUUAGCUCAAGUCUUGGAAAAGCUAAAGUUAUUCAACAACGAAUUGAUUAAUAUCAAAUUAGAAGAGUUUCAUGAAUCUGAAGACAAUGAUAAUAUUGCGCAUAUGGUUGUUGGUGACAGUGCAGACCCAGCUGAAAUCGUCGAAAAGAUAGUAGCUACAAUCAACGGUACCAAAGCCUACGACUAUUUUCAAAAACUACUGCAAGACUUGCUUCUGAUUCAAUGCGAUUCAGAGACAAGAAACACAUAUUACCAGCUGAUCGAGCACUUUGUCUCUCAAGUCACAUUUGACAGAAACAGCAACAGUUUCACAAGCACAUAUGGUGUCACUGUCAAGGAUCUCAUUGCCAAAUUUGCAGAGGAGAAUGAACUAGAAGAAGCGUUGCAAGAAGCAGAUGAGGCCAGAGAAAUUGCAGCACAGGCACUCGAGAGAGAAGCUGCCCUGAGAGUUCAGCUUGAUCUAAAGGCAGAUGGCCUCGUUGGACAGUUACGGCUAAAAAAUGAAGCACUCGAACGAAGCUUACGCAUCGCCAAUCAAACCAACGCUGUACUCCAGCAACGACUAGAUGAUAUAGAACUAGAUCAUAAAAAGACCCUAGAAUCUAUGGACAGUCAAAUACAAAGGUUGUAUGAAACUGUCAAUAUUCUUGUGCAAAACAACCAUUACACUCAGCCAAGCGAACCAUUUGAUGCCUUAAAGUCAAAGAUUGGGAAUGCUGUUAAUAAUAACAAUAAUAAUAACAGUAAGCCCAAACACAAGAUACCAAGAAAGCAGCUUCCAAAUUAUGCAGAAAAAUCAUUUACGCCUAUCAAAAAAGCAUCAACGCCUACAGAGUUGCCAACGCCAUCACCUUCCCCUGAUCACAUUGUCAAACAAGCUGCAGAGUCACUGUCUACAACCGAAAAGACUUCAAAUGAGAAUAUACCCUCAGCUUUAGAAUCAGAUAACACAGAAUCCACUCUUGAAGCAGACAAUAACAACACACCAACUCAUCAACCGGCUUUGGAUAAUGAUAGCAAUAAUACACCGCUCAGUAUACCCCCUCCUCCCCCACCCCCUCCACCUGCACCUUCCUCUACGAGUAUUCCAGUUGUCAGCAUCCCGCCCCCACCACCCCCUCCUCCUCCUCCUCCUCCUAUGUCUUCUUCUGUAAACAUUUCUGGCAACGUGCCCCCUCCACCGCCUCCUCCUCCACCUUCUGUACCCUCUUUGUCCAAUACAGAGCCUUGUUCACCUAUCCCUCCUCCUCCCCCACCUAUACCAGCAAGCUAUACAACACCUUGUCCUCCUUGUCCUCCCUGUCCUCCUGCGCCUAACGCACCCCCUGCACCAGCAGCAGGAACACAACAACCACGUCAAAAGCUUAAAUUUGUUGAAUGGGAGAAGAUCCACAGAAGACAGCUUGGAAACACCAUAUGGGAACAUUUAGAAGAUGAUGACCAAGAUGAUGUUAUUGACAAUGACGACUCAGUCGACAAGUCACUGUUCAACCAACAGUCCAUUGUCUCUAAACUGUCACACGCUGAUGUCUUUACACUCAUCGAAAAGACAUUUGCCCAAAAGCCAGCGACAUCCGACCUCACCAAGCGAAAACGAAAGGCAACUGAUUCGAUCGAACUGCUGGAUCCCAAAAAAGCACAUGCGAUGAGUAUCUUUUUGACAAGCUUGCCUAAAGAAUUUGAAAUCAAGCGAUUAACAGAGUAUGUGUUGGACAUCUCGCCAUACAUUCAAGUAGAGCUUGUUUUGGAAAACUUUCUCAAGUUUGCACCAAGUACUGAAGAGGCAGAGGCGUUGAAAAAGUACAAGGAAUCCGGAGAGAGUAUUGAGAAGCUGUCUAAGCCUGAUCAGCUGGUGCUGGAAAUGGUCAGUAUCAGUCAAUUUAAGCCAAGGAUCAGCUGCUUGCUUUACAAGACAGUAUUCUGGGAUAAAGUAGAAGGUGUCGAAAAGGCAUUAGAUCUUAUCCUGAAAGCAUCCGAAUCUUUACUGCAUGCGAAAAGGUUUAAAAAACUCCUACAGAUGAUUUUAGUCUUGGGCAACUUUAUGAAUGGUAAUACAAGUAGAGGAGGUGCGUUUGGUAUAAAGAUUACUAGUAUCAAUAAGCUUAUUGAUACAAAAAGCACGAGUAAUACAUCAAGUACUUUACUUCAUUUUAUUGUUGAAACUAUAGAAAAGAGCUUUCCAAAAGUACUUGAAUUUUUAGAUGAAUUAAAAUAUUGUGAAGAAGCUAGCAAAGUAAACAAGGCUGAAGUAAUGACAGACUUUUAUGAAAUAAAGGGUGGACUAAAGCAAUUUAAUGUGCUGUCAGGCGAUGAUUCCUUUACAGAAAUCAUGAAACAUUUUCAAACAGAGGCAGAAUUCAAAGUAAGUCAAGUAGAGCAACUACAAGUAAAAUCAGAUGAAUUAUUCCAAAAGACGGUUUCCUUCUAUGGAGAGAAUGUUCAGACUGUACAAUCAAAUGAAUUUUUUAAAAUAUUCCAUACAUUUAUUACUAGUUGGCAGAAAUGCACAGAAGACUUGAAACUAGCCAAAAAGACAAAAGAACGUCUUGAAGCGCAAAAGAGGCUUGAAGCAGAAAGAAGAAAUCAACCAAAGAGUAGCAAAGGAAAAGGAAUUGAUAUGAGUGAUUAUACCAUCAACACACAACACGAUAUUGGCAUUGAAGCUUUAUAUGCCAAGUUGUUAAUGAGUCCAAGAAGAGAACAUAAGACGAGACAGAGACAACAAAAAUUGAAUCCGAUCAUCUCAAGCGAGUUAAACGCUUUGGAACUAUUAGAGUCGAUUUAUAUGUAA